ACAAUACAGAUUUGAUUCGCUCUACCGUUAUCAAGAGCGCUGGGGAAAUCUCUCACCAAGGGAGAAAUCUAGGAAGCCCAAUUCUUUGGAGCCUCCGAUCCAGAGAGCACAUGGGAUGCAGUUAACAAAUUGUCCAUGUCGAUGAUUGUCCUGUGUCAUCCAAGCUUUUCCAGGUCGCAGCCCUGUAACAAGUUAGUCUAACAACAACUUGAUUUUCCAGACAACAGACCACAGCAACAUCAACAGAAAGAGAAGAUGCAGAGCAUUUCUAUGAUAGCAAAAAGUUUCCUAGAGCCAAGAAAGUGAAUGGAAGAUUUGUUCUUCCAUGGAGAGGGUCUGCACAAUUGCCCUCGAUGCUUGUUGCUGCUCGAUGGUUUUUAGGGUCACCCAAUAAUAGCAGUGUACCAGGCGGAGGACUGAAAGAUUUUUUCCAGUUUGAUGAUAAGAAACUGGACAGGACUCUCCCAGUUCUCAAACCCGACAAGGCAAGAUUAAAAUCUCCUGCAUUCAAUAACAUUCAGCUUACUUGGAUCGGUCAUGCAACUGUUUUAGUCCAAAUGGAAGGGCUCACCAUCAUUACAGAUCCUGUAUUUAGCGAUUACUGUGGUGCUGUGCAAGGAUUUGGAGUCAAAAGAUAUCGUCCUGUUCCUUGUACUGUAGAUGAACUUCCUGAAAUCGAUGCUGUGUGUAUUAGCCAUAAUCACUAUGAUCACCUAGAUUACAACUCAGUUUGUGAACUUAACAAGAGGUUUGGCAGUAAACUCUACUGGUACGUGCCUAUGGGACUUCACCAAUGGAUGAAAAAUUGUGGAUGUAAAAAUGUUUUUGAACUAGAAUGGUGGGAUGAACGGUCUCACCCAACAUUAACUGAAGAUAAAAAGGCAGUAAAGUUCGCUUUUACUCCAGCACAACACUGGUGUCGCAGAGGAAUAAAUGAUACAAAUGAGGUUCUUUGGGGGAGUUGGUCAAUUAUUGGUCAACAACACAGAUUUUUCUUUGCUGGUGACUCUGGUUACUGUCACAUCUUUAAACAAAUAGGCAAGCAAUAUGGUCCAUUUGAUCUGGCAGCUAUCCCUAUUGGAGCAUAUGAACCAAGGGGAUUGAUGUCUUUCCAGCAUGUUAACCCACAGGAAGCUGUACAGAUUCACCAAGAUGUCAAAGCUAACUCUUCUAUUGGAAUUCAUUGGGGUACAUUUAAUUUAUCAUAUGAGCAUUAUCUGGACCCACCAAAAAAGUUAAUUGAAACAUUAGACAUGAAAGGUAUUCCUCAGACAGAGUUCCAUACCAUCAAACAUGGUGAAACUAAAGUUGUUGAUGGGGUGAAGGUGAACAAUUAAGUAGAACAAAUGUUACUGUUAUAUAUUAAUUAUUUUUUCCAGUAAAUGUGUAUGAAAUAAUGAGCUUCUUAACAGUAUUAUAUAUUUCUACAGUGUCUAUCUGGUUGUUCAAAUUUUUUAAACAAAUUAAUAGUUUUUCCCUAAGAUUAUGGGGACUGAUCUGAGACAAAGGGAAUCCAAAUUAGAUAUUUCAUGAGGAAUCUUUUAAAUUAAAACAACACCAUAUAUCCUAGUUAGUGGGUAUUAUAGAAUUGUUAAUAGUAGUGUUAGAUAGUGGAAGUAAAGCAAAGUAUUAUGGUUUUACUUGAUAUACCUUUCAAAAACAGAUGAAAACCAGGGUUUAGAUUCAUAUUUACAUAAAAAGCUUUCUCUGGUUAAAGAGUUAUUUUCUCAAGUACGUAUAUCUUACAACUUUCAUUUUAAAGCUUUUAAACACUAUCUAUAAGGAUGUAAAUGUUCAAGGCAGAAAAAAAUGUGCAAAAUGGAAGAAUGAAAAAAAAAAAGGUUUAACUGUCAAAUGAGAAAUAAAAUACCAUCUUACAAGAAAGGAGCAUUAUUUUGAUAACAGCUUCAAGUUAAUCUUUAAACCCCUAAGAGCGAUCAGCAUCUAAUUUCUCCUUACAAUAUCACUCCUGCAUCACACAUUAAGGUCAGGAGAAU